AUGUCAGAAAUUAACGAGGAAGAAACAGAAGCAUAUCGCGAGUCACUUUUGAACAAAUUAGAACAACUCGGAAAUGGCAGUCGAUGGAUUUGGAUCACUUUUAUUCUGUGUUUGACUCCAAGCAUCCUCAAUGGCUUUCAUACCUCAUCGUAUGUUUUUCUCGGGCAAAUGCCCGACAACUAUUGGUGCACAAUUCCCGAACUCGACAAAUGGACUACUGAACAAAUGCAAAAUUUUUCUGCUGCUCACUCGAAAUGCAAAAUUUAUGAUUACGAUUAUCGGAUUUUCUCAAAUUUAUCGUAUGAAGAAGCUGUUGAUAUGAUAUCGUCGAUGCCCAAACCAAAAGAGCUGAAUUGUGGUCAACAUGGAAACUCGUAUUUUUCGUAUGAUCAGCAAAAAAGUGUAUCGAUUGUUACGGAAUGGGAUCUCGUUUGUGAUAGGCUUGUGUAUCGAACAAAUGUACAAAUGGCAUUGUCAGUUGGAAAAUUUUUCGGAAGUUCUCUGUUGGGAGUGAUUGCUGAUAGAUGGGGAAGAAAAUUGGCAUUCAACAUUUCAGCUGUGAUCUAUAUGGUUGCUGGAUUAGUUUCCUUCCUUACUCCAUGGUAUUGGAUUUUCUUUUUGUCAAGAUUUUUACUUGGCAUGGCAGGUUCAGGAGUUUACAAUUCAGCAUACACUCUUUUAACAGAAUCCGUCGCUAAGAAACAUCGUUCAUGGACAAGUGUUGUGUAUUCGAUCAGUUAUCCCAUUGGAUCUCUUUUAUUAGCGUUAAUAGCAUAUUUAGUCCCUGAAUGGAGAAAUCUUCAAAUGUGCUUAACGCUUCCUGGAUUCUUGCUGAUCAUUCAUUGCAUUUAUCUUGAUGAGUCACCUCGAUGGUUAAUGAACAAAAACGAAUUCGACAAAGCUCAUAAAAUCAUCUUCAAAGGCACAAAGAGACCAAAAGUUUCUUCAGCAUCUCUCAAAAUUGCAAAAAUGGAAAGAAAAACUUUUAAGGAACGACUUCGUUUAUCUUUCCGUGAACUUUCUUUAUUGUAUGGGAAAUCGAGCAUCAUCCGUAAUCGUCUCUUUGUGUGUCAAUUAGCGUGGUUUGUGUCUUCAUUUUCGUAUUACGUCAUCGCAUUAAAUGCCGACAACUUUUCCGCUAAUCGUUACAUUUACAUCGCUCUUGUAGGUAUUUUUGAAAUCCCAAGUUGCAUCGUUCCAAUUGUCAUUUUAAAAGUAUUCGGGCGACGCAGUACUUCGUUGAUACUAUUUUAUGCAGCUGGAAUGUCACUUUUGAUACUUUUUGCUGUGCCAACGGAUGAAACGACAUUAAUAACGUUCAUAGCGAUGUUUGGAAGAUUUUGCAUCGGAGCCGUUUACAUUGUUGUAAUUUUACACACAGCUGAACUCUUUCCAACGGAAGUCAGGAAUUCAGCGAUAGGAACGAGUUCUGCCAUGUCACAUAUUGGAUCCAUUUCCGCUCCGUAUGUCGUUGACUUUCUUGGAAUUAUUGCGUGGUUUAUUCCGACAACGAUUUGCGCUGUGACAGCAAUUGGAGCGGGAACGCUCGUAAUGUUUCUGCCAGAAACAAAAGGUAAAGAUUUGCAUGACAAAAUCGAGGAACAGAAUCCAGAAACAGUUGAAUUGUGACUCGCCAGCAUAAAGUCCUUUGCUCUUCGAGGUAUCUAAGUGCAUCAUUGAAAGUGCUGUCUUUAAGCAUUCGAAAUAUGUUGAUUACAGGAAAAUUCGUG